GCAAAGCAGCGACUCUACGUUACGGUCAACAAAAACAAUAAUUAGGCAAGGAAAGUAGCCUGCACUUGGCCCCAACUUGCUGCAGCAGCAGCGCGACUUUCCCUGCCCUGCAGCUCGGUAGCCAUGAUGAUGACUGCUAUUUGUUAGCUCGUGUAAAACUUGUGACCUUAGCAAGGGAGAGCGGACAAACCGACGCUGUCACCAUGCAGCAGGAGGGAUGCGCUAUCAACAUCAAGCGCGUAGCGUGUAUAGGAGCGGGCUAUGUGGGCGGCCCUGCCAUGGCCAUCCUGGCCUACAAGUGCCCAGACGUGACGGUCACGGUGCUGGACAUCAGCGAUGCGCGAGUGCAGGCCUGGAACAGCGACCAGCUGCCUAUCUACGAGCCGGGGCUGACGGAUUUAGUGAAGGCGUGCCGCGGCGUGAACCUGUUCUACUCCACGGACGCUAAGAAGCACCUGGCGGAGGCGGACCUCAUAUUCGUGUGCGUGAACACGCCCACCAAGCUGCAGGGCGUGGGUGCGGGCAAGGCCGCUACGUUUGGGUUCUGGGAGGCGGCGGCGCGCCUCAUCGCGGCCAGCUGCCAGGGCUGCGGGCCAAAGAUUAUCGCGGAGAAGUCGCCAGUGCCCGUGAAGACGGCGCAGGCCAUGUCGCGGGUGCUGUCGGGGUGCCAGGACGGCGAGAAGACGCGGUUCGAGGUCAUCUCCAACCCCGAGUUCAUGAGCGCCGGCUCCGCCGUGGAGGAUUGCCUCAAACCCGAUCGAGUCCUCAUCGGCGGCCGCGACACGCCCGAGGGCCGCGCCGCCGUGGAGUCCCUGGCGCGGCUGUACCGGCGCUGGGUGCCGCCGGACCGCGUGUUGAGCAUGGGGCUGUGGUCCAGCGAGCUGGCCAAGCUGGCUGCCAACGCCUUCCUGGCGCAGCGCAUCAGCUCCAUCAACGCCAUCUCCGCGCUGUGCGAGGAGACGGGCGCGGACGUGCAGCAGGUGUCCCACGCCAUCGGCACGGACAGCCGCAUCGGGCCGCGCUUCUUGUCGGCGGGCUGCGGCUUCGGCGGCCCCGCGCUGCAGAAGCACGUGCUCAACCUGGUCUACAUCUGCGAGAGCCUGGGCCUCGCGCAGGCGGCGGCGUACUGGCAGCAGGUGGUGGACAUGAACGACUGGAUCAAGGCGCGCUUCGUGCGGCGCGUGAUUACCUCCAUGUUCAACACCAUCCGCGGCAAGCGCAUCGCGGUGCUGGGCUUCAGCUAUAAGGCGCACACCACCGACACGCGCGACACCGCCUCCAUAGACGUGUGCCGCGGCCUGCUGCUGGACGGUGCCGCGCUGUCCGUGUACGACCCCAAGGUGACCCCGGAGCAGAUCCACCUGGACAUGUGCCUGCCCAAGGGCAGCCUGGAGCAGCCGCGCCGCCAGCACACCGCCGUGUCGCUGGCCACAGUGGACGUGGCGCGCAGCGCCAUGGAGGCGUGCCGGGGCGCGCACGGCGUGUGCGUGCUCACCGACUGGCCCGAGUUCAGGCGACUGGACUUCCACGCCAUCUUCAAGGCCAUGAUGAAGCCGGCCUUCAUCUUCGACGGCCGCAACGUGCUGGACCACGCCCGCCUGCGGGAGAUCGGGUUCGUGGUGUACGCGCUGGGCAAGCCGCUGGACCCCUUCCUCACACAGAAACUGGAGGACGUGGACGUGGAGGAGCGCGCGGAGCUGCGGCGGCAGCGGCGUGUGAGCGUGCUGGCACACGAACUGGCGGAGGAGCGGCACGCGGUGGCAGCGGAGACGGAGGCGCUGCACGAGGCCGAGGAGGAGGUGGCGGAGGCGCUCAGCAGGGUGCAGAGCCACAGCCAGCAGGGCCAGGGCCGAGCGCAAACAGAGGGCGGGAGCGGCGAGGGCGGGAGUGGGGCGGGGGCGCAAGUCGCGGGGCGAGGAGCGCAGGCGGGGCUAGCGUCUGGGGGGCCCGGCGCCGGCACAGGCGGGGCGGGGUCGUAGUGCGUGAUGACGGCUAAAGUGUACGGUCAUUUCAUGGGUGCAGACAACAUGGUAUGCCUGGUUUGGACCCGCGGAUGUUGAUAAGGUUGCAUUACCACGCGUGCUGAAGGCGGGGAGUGUCCUCGGGUUCACGCGACUGCUGUACUACUGAGCGCUUAAACCUGCAGCCGUGGGGUAUGUGAUGGAGCCACCAGGGAGCCCUGGGGCCACCGAGACUAGUAUGACGGUAAUAAUUGAGGCGCCACGUAUUCUGUCUCCUAGUCCUCUCGCUGUGUGGACGCUGGGGCGGAGGGACUAUGGACUAUGGCGGCUAAGCGCAGAAGGAACAUGAUGUAGAUGUACCGGGAGUCUGAGCGGGCUCGGCCUGGUCUCGAACAGGGAUAUGAUAGGCCAAACCUAGGCAGGCUGGCCGGAACACAGAGCGUCUGACAUUAGAGGCCACAAUCGUCGUGUUUGGCGGGAUAGGAGGCCGCGAGGCCGCAUACCCCCUGCGACACGCCAGUAGCCCUGGGUUACCCGAUGGGCUCCGCAGGCACGGACAGGGGUAAUCCUGGAUCGCUUAAAAAUGGC